AUGAGCUCCCAAGGAAACGACCCGCCCGCUUUGGAUGUCGCCGCAAGUGAGCUCAUCGAGUCUCUCAACGCCCUGACGAAUCAGAUUUAUGAGACCUCCAAGGACUACAAGGACCCCUCGGGGCAACAGGGUCUGCUGCUGCGUCAACGAAUGACCAAUGCGGCCCGGCAGAUCAUCAACGUCGUCCGGGAGCCUGGUGAGACGCCAUAUGAAUUCUCGACACACAUGGCCGAGAUGGGGGCGAUUCGGAUGUUUAUGAAGAUGAAAGCAUUUGACAAGAUUCCGUUGGAAGGAAGCAUUUCCUACGAGGAUUUGGCGGCCAGUCUCGGUGCUGAGGUGCCGCUCGUCACUCGCAUGGCUUGGAUGAUGGUGGCUACAGGUUUCCUCCAUCAAAUCGGGGAGGACCGUGUCGCACAUUCCAGGCUUUCGAAGCUCUAUGUCUCUGGAAACGCCCAAGGGGUCUUUUUCCAGAUCAUGUUCGAUGAAGCCAUGGUCCCAUGGGUCCAGUGGCCGCAAUUCUUCGCCAAGUACGGUCUGAAAGAACCCAAGUUGGGGAAUCACAAUCCCCAUUCGUUCGCUUGGGGCGACCCGGACAAGAAUUUCUGGGAGGUCAUCAGCAAGGACCCGGAACGUCUGGUCGAUUUUAAUCAGAGCAUGAAUACGCUCGACGAGGUGCUGCCGGUGACGGGCAUGUACGAUUUCAGCUGGAUUGCGAAGAACACGGAGGGUCCCGAGGACAGACCGUUGAUCGUCGAUGUCGGCGGUGGCAAGGGCCAGGCCCUCAAGCGCAUCAUGGCUGCGUUUCCUGAGAUCCCGGCCAAGAGACUGGUGUUGCAAGACCGGGCACCGGUCAUUGAGGAAGUCAUUCAGGCCAACGAACCCGGCGCUCUCGUCUACUACAUCCGGCGCUGCAUGCAUGACUGGUCCGACGAGAACGAUCGCAUCAUCCUCUCUCACCUCGCCGACGCCAUGGCCCCGGACUCCAGAGUCCUAAUCACCGAGCAAGUCAUGCCCAAUCCGCCCACGGCCCUGAAUGCCUGGACCGAUCUCUGCAUGAUGAAUCUCGGUGGCAAGGAGCGGACCGAGAAGAUGUUCGAUGACCUGACAGCGAGUGCUGGGUUGAAGAUGGUCGGCGUGCACAAGAGCUUGGCGACUGACGUUGCGGUUAUCGAAUGCGUCAAGGUGUGA